AUGAGUGAGGAGAGAGACCUUCAAAAUGCAAAUGUCUCUGCCAUGAGUGACCAAAUUUCUUCCAUAACUGAGGAGAGAGACCUGCUGCAAGCUGACCUCACUGAAAUGACCAAAGAGUUGGAGAGGCUGCAGAGUUUGUUCAACCAGAUGAAAAUGUGUCCUACUGGAUGGAAAAUGUUCAGUGUCUGUUAUUUCUUCUCUGGAAUCUCUGGUGUCUGGGGUGAAGCUAGACGGGACUGUAGAGACAAAGGAGCAGAUCUGGUGGUGAUAGACAGUUCUAAAGAACAGAACUUUCUCACUACAAUCAUCAAAGAAAACACUUGGAUUGGUUUGACUGACAAUGGAAUGGAGGGACAGUGGAAAUGGGUAGAUGGAACUCCACUGACUCUGUCGAACUGGGCGACAAAUGAACCCAAUAAUGGAGGCUCACCAAAUAGUGAAGAAGAUUGUGUGCACAUAAGAGCUGAAGAUCGGAGGACUUGGAAUGAUAUUUCAUGUACAGCUUCUAUGAAAUGGAUCUGCAAAAAACUACCAUAA